AUUUUGUGAGUAAAUGUCCGUAGAUGGCGCUCUUCACCAAACGCUACAGUCGCGCUUUUGUUUUUGUGGUUCGUCACUUCCGGGAGUGAGAUGGCGUGACAGCAGUGGGUGAAGAAGAGAGAAAACCCGGCUGUUUCGUUUUGACAGGUGAUGGGGGCAGACAGUGGUCCGGGAGCUCCUGCAGCCGUCCCGUGGCGUAAAGUCCUGUAUGAACGCCAGGCUUUCCCGGACAAUUAUGUGGACGGACGCUUUCUGGAGGAGCUGCGGCUCAACAUCCGGGUGCGUCAGUACCGUUACUGGGCGGUGGUGCGUGAGACGGGGCUCAUCGCGCAGCAGGUGUCCUGUGUGGCCGUCUUCCUUACGUUAUGGUCUUAUAUGGAGCGGGGAGCGCUGGUGCCGUCCGCGGUGCUCUGGGUCUGUCUGACCUGUGCUCUGCUGGGAUACGGACUCUAUGAGAUCCUGGGAGGCUCUUGUGUUCGGGAGCGAACGCGCCUGGCGGACCUGCAGAGCGCGACCAUCUUCCUGGCGUUUACUUUUGGGUUUUCACCAGUUUUAAAGACUCUAACCGAGUCGGUCAGUACAGAUACUGUGCAGGCCAUGUCAGCUGUGAUGCUCCUGGCUCACUUGGUGUCCUUCCCGUAUGCUCAGCCCAGCCCACCGUGCAGUCUUUCCCUCAACGCUGCUCUUUUCGGGUCGGUGUGCCUGGCGUCCCGGCUGCCUGGCGCCCUGCACACCUUCACCAUGCUGAGCUGUGCCCUCCUGGUGUUCGCUCUGUGGCCCUGUCUGCUGCACCGCAUGCGGGAGAAGGCGGAGUGGAGCUUCCCUUGGGCAGCCGUGCUGGUGUGUCUGGCUGGAGUCGGGGGUCUGGGGAGCCUGUGGCCCGAGGGGGCUCUUCUCCUCUCGCUGGCUCUGAUAACAUUAACUUUAGUCUGUCCACUGCUGCUGGUCCACCUGCAGAGGCACAAGGACAACAUCCACGGCCCUUGGGACGAGGCAGAGAUUAGAGAGGACCUGUCCCACUUCUUGAAUUGAAAAUGCAGGGGUUUAAGACCAUUUUAAAUGAUGCUUCUGAUAGACUCCCUUUGGACGGAUGAUUUUGAGAGUCUUCUGCACUUUCC